AUGGCUGCUCAAAAGAAACCCAUCCCAACUCCGGCUCUUCACAAAAGGGGACCCUUCAAUGUUCAGGUCCCCGGCGCCGAGAAGAAGGAGGGCGAGGGAAUUCCUCGUCGCCAUCCUAGCGCCGUUACCGGACUGGUAUCGCGCCUGGAACCCGAUAUUGCGACUACUUACGACAUUGUCAAGCGUGGUGCGGCAAAAUUCGGUGAUGCUCAGGCUCUCGGAUCCCGUAGCCUUGUUCAGAUUCACGAGGAGACAAAGAUGAUCAAGAGGAUGGUUGAUGGUGUCGAGCAGGAGGUUCCGAAGAAAUGGGCAUACUAUGAAAUGAGCGGAUACACGUACUUGUCGUUCAAUGAAUACCUUGCUCGCGUCAACACCACCGGAGCCGCCUUGAAGGCGUUGGGAUUGAAGAAGGGCGAGAAACUGCAAAUUUUCGCUGCUACUAGGUUUGAUUGGCUCCCCGACUGGAUUUAUUUUUCUACCUUGUCUGCGAGCGAACGUGUUGCUGACUUGGUUGUGGGUUAGUGCGAGCUGGCUCUUGAUGUCGCAUGGUACACCUCGAUUUGACCUGCAUCCCCGACUGGAAUAGACUGCUGACAACGGAUAGCCUGUGCCUCCCAAUCGCUGCCAAUUGUCACCGCUUACGACACUCUUGGCCAAUCUGGCCUCACCCAUUCGCUCGUGCAGACCGAAGCAUCCGCCGUUUUCCUCGACUCCCACCUUCUCCCCCAACUCAUUAGUCCCCUGAAGGAAGCGGUCGGCGUUAGAUAUGUCAUCUAUAAUACCGAUACCCCGGUCAAGCAGGAGGAUAUCGACGCCUUGAAGGCUGCGCAUGAGCGAUUGCAUAUUCUAAGCAUCCAAGAACUUAUCAAGCUUGGGGAGGAGAAUCCUUGUGACCCUGAUCCUGCUGGUCCUGAGGACCUCUGUGGUAUCAUGUAUACUUCUGGGUCAACUGGCACCCCCAAGGGUGUCCCUCUUCUCCACAAGAAUGUGGUUGCGGCGGGUAAUUUUCGCCUACCUUCGUGGUUAGUUUCGAAACGUGGCUAACAACUUGCGACUCUUAGUGUCUGGUGUCAGCGUCAUUAUUGGCCCUUAUAUUGGUCCGGGGGAUUUCUUGCUUACCUUUUUGCCCCUAGCGCAUAUUCUUGAGUAUGUGUUUGAAAAUGCAUGUCUAUUCUGGGGCGGAACUAUGGGCUAUGGAAAUCCCAAGACUUUGUCCGAGAAAUCCAUGCGCAACUGCAAGGGUGACAUCGCCGAAUUCAGGCCCACUAUCCUUGUCGGUGUCCCUGCUGUGUGGGAAACAGUGAAGAAGGGUGUCAUGGACAAGGUUUCCAACCUUCCCCCAUUGACCCAAAAGCUUUUCUGGGGCGCCAUGUCGCUCAAAGGCAUGCUCCUUCGUUCAGGCCUUCCUGGAUCUGGUAUCGUGGAUAUUAUCUUCAAGAAGGUUAGGGCUGCGACUGGCGGAAGGCUGAAGGUUUGCAUGAGCGGAGGGGGGCCUAUCGCCAAGGAAACCCAGCAUUUUGUUAGUAUGACCAUUUGCCCAAUGGUUAUCGGCUACGGUUUGACUGAGACUUCUGCGUAAGUAUCUACUAUUUGCGAUAUUUUAGUGAUCAAGAGCUGACGGUUUUGUAGCAUCGGAUGUCUUAUGGACCCGAGUGAAUGGAACAUUAACAGUCUGGGGACCAUCCCUGCUUGUGCUGAGAUUAAGCUCGUCGACUACCCUGAGGCUGGUUACUUCACUCAUAAUGACCCCGAGCAGGGUGAAGUCUGGAUUCGUGGCGAUUCGGUCGCUUCGUCUUACUUUAUGAACGACGCGGAGACCGUGGCAGCCUUCGAAGAUGGAUGGUUCAAGACCGGGGAUAUCGGUGAAUGGGAUUCGAAUGGUCACUUGAAACUUAUUGACCGCAAGAAGAACCUGAUCAAGACUCUGAACGGAGAAUACAUUGCUCUUGAGAAGCUCGAAUCGGUCUAUCGUGCAUCAAGCGUUGUUGGCAACAUCUGUGUCUAUGCCGAUGAACAAAAGACCAAGCCUGUCGCCAUUAUUUUCCCUGUCGAGGCGGCUUUGAAGAAGCUUGCUGCUGAGAACAGUAUCGAGGGGGAAUUUGAGCAGCUUGUCCAUGACGCCAAGUUGAACCAGAUUGUCAUGAGGGAGCUUAUCGCCGCCGGGAAAAGGGGUGGGCUUGCUGGCAUCGAGCUGAUUGAAGGCUGUGUCUUGACCGAUGAAGAAUGGACCCCCCAGAAUGUGAGUUUCCCCGAAUGCUCGUGUUUAUGAGGAUGACGGCUAAUAAUUUCCGAAUAGAAUCUGGUGACUAGUGCUCAGAAGCUAAAUAGAAAGGGGAUUCUUCAGAGGUAUCAAUCGGAGGUUGACAGGGCCUAUGGAGGCUCAUAGAUGGGUUGUUUGCAGGGAACGGGGUGUGCAAGUGAAACUAUGGUUAAUGCUUUGUCUGGUCAUUUUUUAUUGUUAUUAUUUGGAUGGUUGGCUUGGAGCUUGAUUCAUCAUCUCCAUUAUGGCCAUUUUCUCUGGUGCUAUCUCUUUUUGGUUGGCCCCUUGUGGGCGGGUGUGAUGAUGCCUUUGAGUAAUGAUGUUGCGAAUGUGUGGGAAUGGCGUCAAGUUUUCCGGAUUGCUGGUUGGCUGGGUGGUAGGACAGGACAGGACGAGGUGAGUGUGCUGGUGUGUUGAUGGGGUUUUACUUACUUUCCAAGAGUUCGUUUUUGGUUCGGCCCUCACUGCCGUACUUUUUUAUUUAUUUAUUUUUAUUCCCCAUUUUCUCAUUUUUUUAUAUAUAUUAUAUUUCGAGUAAUUGGCAUACCUUUGUCUAUUCCAGCAGUUUCCCCCGUACGAGGGCAUUGUGGUGAGUGUCGGGGGGGGGUUGAUGCUUUCCGGGGAAAAGGGGAGUACCCGGUAUCACAGGAGCCCGACAAUUCCGGGUUGUCGUCACUGGGCAUCACUCGGCCGCAGAUUGUCUUGAGUAGGGAGAAGUUGGGCGAGUGGGACGUGUGGAUAUGGGGUAGAUGGCUGGGUGGAGUGGAACUUGUGAGUGGCGUACACUGCGGUUGACGUCGGGUUCCGUGGCCGGCAUCGCGCUGCGCAGAAGGAUGCGCUCUGUACAGCUUAUCAAACGUAACACGGCGGGCCGUGCACGUUAUACCGCCAUAUUUCACCCGCCGAAACUGCUACCGCCCGCUGAGUUUGUAUGGCACUGGAUUUAUAAAGCAGUUGUACGCUAGCGGGUGGGUUCGCGAGUGUGGAUUCAUGUUGGCUGACUAGCUAGUUGGUCAGUUUGGUUGCGCUCUGCGUUUCAUCCCUUCUGCUCUCCGCUACUAAAAUUUAGUUGAGGUUCUGUAGCUCCCGUGUUUGCGGUGUCUGUUUUGCUGGGUGGCUGGGGAGGUUGAGAUACUGAUAGCGUGGUUUGUUUGUUUGCUCCUACCCUGUACGAUAAGUGUGUUGUGUUUGUUAUCAUGUUGUUGUCAUUGAGAUUUGAAUCCGGUUAGAAGAGGGGGGUGAUGCUGGUGUAAUAUCAUACUGUAAAAUCCGACCUGGUGGGCGCGGUCCCCGGGUAUUUGGGUUUUGGGGUGCGAUACCGGUCGUGUGGUCACUCUGUCGGACGGGUCAGUGCUAGUACGAGUGCUUGCUUGCGCAGGCCAUUUUUCCUGCGGAGCAUCAGUGUUAUUGGGAGACCGUGAGCUACCGUAGUUUCCAAUAUCCGGAGGUUCGAGUCCCGCUAUUACACUGCCGCUCCACGCCAUGUCCUGAUCGCGUACUGGGUUGUAUUCCGUGGACGUGCUAUCCGAAGGUAUGGGAGAGGGAUUGAGGAAUUGUGAUACGACUUGUGGACGAUGGAAAGCAGAAACUUGAUGAUGGUGGU